AUGUCAACCGGCAAUCUUAACGAGAUAUACAUGAAUUCCUGGGGAGAUAGUAAUUUGUGUGGACUGGUUCUUGUAAUUGGCGUUGGUGGUAGCCUUUUAUGCUUUCUAAAUUUUGUUUCCCUAUCUGUGACCUUAUUUAAACAGAGAAAGAGGUGAGCCACCCACACUUUUUGAUGCCUUUCAAUAGUUGGAAGUUAUCGACACUUUCAGUAUUUUUUGAAACUUUGUUUCUCUUGCUGGCCGGAAUUGGCAUUGGAGUUGUGUGCUUGGGAUUCAGACGCUUCUGUGAUAAUUCUUCUGGCUUGAAUGAAACUAUUUGUGGAUCGAACCAAACAGUUAUAAAAGUCGACGAUCGGCCUGUAAAUGUGGGAUAUAUUCAUAAAGUGUUAUACUCAGUUCAGGUAUGUAUUUUUUGAUUUUUAAAAGCAAUUUCUUUUGAUGCUCGAGUUUGUCAAAAUUCCAGGGCAUUUUUAUCGAUCCAACAAUAUCUGGUUAAGUAAACAAUCUAUUGCUUCCAUUUAUGUAAGCCAACGUCACUCUGCGUUAGCACUGAAAUAAAUGGGACCUUAUUGUACAUAGCCCUCAUAGCCCUCUAUGUGUAAAACGGAACUUGGGGCACGUGUUUCAGAGAAAUCUUUUUAAGUGUGAUCGAUCGAAUAUAAAUUGCUAGCCCUGUGGCGUGUCACUCGAGUGGUGAUCAUCAUUCUACGUCAUGAGACGAUAAAUAUGUCCGUUAAUUUACUUUCUUCUGUCCUUCUUGAGACCGCGCUGUUCUGUUUUUGAAAAACGAAAAGAACACAGACACGAGCGUAGACAUUUCUACGCGCGCUCCUAACCAUGAACCCUUACACUUUGCCCCAUUUUGCCGCCACUACAUCCCGGAAAAGUAGUGGUCUUCGCUGUUUGUGUCGACAGAACUAUCGAUCCCCAAAAUAUGUGAUAUCUCUAUAGCAACUCCACGACCAGCCUCCGUUCCUCGAGCACCUUGCCUUGAUCCAGUCUUCCCUCCAACAGGAAUGGAAGCUAGUUGGGCUGGCCCUACGGUCUCCUCCGCAUUGACGUGCAAACGAUGCGUAUCCAAAAUAUCCAAAUGCCUUAACAUUUAAGUUCAGGAGUGUAACCAGAGACCGUGACUGAUAUUAUGAUGUCUGGCUUGGUCAAUGUAGCGAACCGGAACAUAUGUAGAAUGCACACGAUGAAUCAGGAAGUUUGGUCAUCCACCUUGUCCCGAUUUAUCUCAGUCUCUUGGGAGAGACAACGAGUUCAGUACUGGCAACCAUUGUCCACAGUACGUAAACCCAGACCCAACUAAUGGACACUCCAACCACCUUCAGUAAUGGAUCGACGAAAAAACCUCUAUGCCUCUCUGUUGAUACCCGAUACGAUGAUACCGAGAUGCAAAGCCCGUAUUAUGUCACGAUAUCGUAGAUUAUUUCAACUGAAAACCUUUCCAACUGGUAGUUUCUUAUUUUUGCCUUUUAUUUUGUUGCCAUAUGAAAUAACAGCUGACAGCAACUGUCAACUUUCACUCGGAAGUUGCACGGUUAACAAAAGCAGAAUGUUGCCACUAUCGAAUAAGGUCAGGUCUACUAGGAAGAUAAAGCUUGGAAUUUUGUUAACAGCAACCCCAAUUCUUGAUUGCAUACUUUCUUUGGGUGAUUUUAUUCCUCGUCCUGACCAAUUUCGUGCGUAAGGUAAUUUGCACUUACUAGUUAGUUUGUGACUAAAGAGGCCCUUUUUACAUUUCCAUAGUUCUAGAAUUCUUCAGCUACAUGAAUGUCGGGGAAAUCGCAUGUCAUGAUCCGGAAGUAACCUAUGCGUCCGACGGUUCUUUUUGAGUGUCUUCGAUCGACUGCUAGUGGCUGUUUUUUGCCAAAAAAUUUGUGAACAAAGUUGUUGACGUUGCACUUUGCAGGCAGUAAGGUUCAGUCAAAUGAGCAAUUGUCCUCUGAUGGGUUGCGAACUGAACCGGAGUCGUUAUAAUUCAAGUUUAUGCUUUUUUAUUUAAUCUUUAAGGUGUGCCUCUGGUUAUUCCUGCUUUCCUUGCUGGGAGAAAUGUUCUGCAGCAUAUACCGUUUGCUUGUCUCCGCCGGAAAAGUCAGCUAUCAGAAGACUCUGGUCGUUGACGGUGACCGCUCAAUUUCGAAUCUGUAUGCUUAUUCUCGAUUGGUGUCCACCUAGAAAAAUCCCCUAAACCGACUUUCCAGACCAUUUGUGAAACAAAACUACCGACUACUGUAAAAAACCCUGAGGAUUCGGGUUUUGAAGUGAAGUAUCUGUAA